AAAGGAAAAAACUAAAUACUAAUAAAGUAUCAAAAGUGGAUAUUCGGGGGAAAAAGUAGUGAACAUAUAAAUUUUUCCUUCCGUUAGGAUGUUUUCACAUGAUUUAAAAAUGGAAGGAUGUUAUACACUUUUUAGUGAACUCUCACUUUUGUUUCAUUGUAUAUUUGAAUUGUAGUUGGCAAAAUAAUCUAGUAUGAGAUUUAAACAGCUAACCUGUUUUAAUUUGUAGAUCAGGUUAGAUCUGAAGUGCCACUUGGAAGAGCAGGGGUUUUGUGAAUUUAAUUUUUAUAAGACCAACUGAGGUCUCUCUCUUUUUUUUCUCUGCUCUCUCCCCAUUUAGGUUUUAUAGGAUCACAUAAACAAAAGCACCAUGGAGUUUUAUGAGUCAACAUAUUUUAUUGUCCUUAUUCCUUCAGUAGUUAUUACAGUAAUUUUCCUUUUCUUCUGGCUUUUCAUGAAAGAAACAUUAUAUGAUGAAGUUCUUGCAAAACAGAAAAGAGAACAAAAGCUUAUUCCUACCAAACCAGAUAAAAAGAAGGCAGAAAAGAAAAAGAAUAAAAAGAAAGAAAUCCAGAAUGGGAACCUCCAUGAAUCGGAUUCUGAGAGUAUAUCUCGAGACUUUAAAUUAUCUGAUGCUUUGGCUGUAGGAGAUGAACAAGUUGUACCUGUUCCAUUGAAUGUGGUUGAAACAAGUAGUGUUCGGGAAAGAAAGAAGAAGGAAAAGAAACAAAAACCUGUAUUUGAAGAGCAGAUCAUCAAAGAAAGUGAUGUAUCAAAGAUUCCUGGCAAAAAAGUAGAACCUGUCCCAGUUACUAAACAGCCCACCAUACCCUCUGAAGCAGCUGGCUCAAAGAAGAAACCAGGGCAGAAGAAGUCUAAAAAUGGAAGCGAUGACCAGGAUAAAAAGGUGGAAACUCUCAUAGCACCUUCAAAAAAGCAAGAAGCAUUACCCCUCCAUCAAGAAACUAAACAAGAAGGUGGAUCAGGAAAGAAGAAAGUUUCAUCAAAGAAGCAAAAGACAGAAAAUGUCCUGGUAGAUGAACCCCUUAUUCAUGCAACUACUUAUAUUCCUUUGAUGGAUUAUGCUGAUUCAAAUCCUGUGGUGGAUAAGAGAGAGGUUAUUGAUCUGAUUAAACCUGACCAAGUAGAAGGGAUCCACAAAUCUGGGGCUAAAAAAUUGAAGAUUGAAACUGACAAAGAAAAUGCUGAAGUUAAAUUUAAAGAUUUUCUUCUGUCCUUGAAGAAUAUGAUAUUUUCCGAAGAUGAGGCCCUUUGUGUUGUAGACCUGCUAAAGGAGAAGUCUGGUGUGAUACAAGAUGCUUUAAAGAAAUCAAGUAAAGGAGAAUUGACUGCACUUGUACAUCAGCUUCAAGAAAAAGACAAGUUACUUGCUGCUGUGAAGGAAGAUGCUGCUGCUACAAAGGAUCGGUGUAAGCAGUUAACCCAGGAAAUGAUGACAGAGAAAGAAAGAAGCAACGUAGUUAUAGCAAGGAUGAAAGAUCGGAUUGGAACAUUAGAAAAGGAACAUAAUGUAUUUCAAAACAAAAUGCAUGUCAGUUAUCAGGAGACUCAACAGAUGCAGAUGAAGUUUCAGCAAGUUCGUGAGCAGAUGGAGACAGAGAUAGCUCACUUGAAGCAGGAAAAUGGUAUACUGAGAGAUGCUGUCAGCAACACUACAAACCAACUGGAAAGCAAGCAGUCUGCAGAACUAAAUAAACUACGCCAGGAUUAUGCUAGGUUGGUGAGUGAGCUGACUGAGAAAACAGGAAAGCUACAGCAAGAGGAAGUCCAAAAGAAGAAUGCUGAGCAAGCAGUUACUCAGUUGAAGGUUCAACUACAGGAAGCUGAGAGAAGGUGGGAAGAAGUUCAGAGCUACAUCAGGAAGAGAACAGCAGAACAUGAGGCAGCCCAGCAAGAUUUACAGAGUAAAUUUGUGGCCAAAGAAAAUGAAGUACAGAGUCUGCAUAGUAAGCUUACAGAUACCUUGGUAUCAAAACAACAGUUGGAGCAAAGACUAAUGCAGUUAAUGGAAUCGGAGCAAAAAAGAAUAAACAAAGAAGAGUCUCUACAAAUGCAAGUUCAGGAUAUUUUGGAGCAGAAUGAGGCAUUGAAAGCUCAAAUUCAACAAUUCCAUUCCCAGAUAGCAGCCCAGACCUCCGCUUCAGUUCUAGCAGAAGAAUUACAUAAAGUAAUUGCAGAAAAGGAUAAGCAGAUAAAACAGACUGAAGAUUCUUUAGCAAAUGAACACGAUCAUUUAACAAGUAAAGAGGAGGAACUUAAGGAUAUACAGAAUAUGAAUUUCUUAUUAAAAGCUGAAGUGCAAAAAUUACAGGCCCUGGCAAAUGAACAGGCUGCUGCUGCCCAUGAAGUAGAGAAGAUGCAAAAAAGCAUUCAUGUUAAGGAUGAUAAAAUAAGAUUGCUUGAAGAGCAGCUACAAUGUGAAAUUUCAAGGAAAAUGGAAGAAUUUAAGAUUCUAAAUGACCAAAAUAAAGCAUUAAAAUUAGAAGUUCAGAAGCUACAGACUGUUGUUUCUGAACAGCCUAAUAAAGAUGUUGUGGAACAAAUGGAAAAAUGCAUUCAAGAAAAAGAUGAGAAGUUAAAGACUGUGGAAGAAUUACUUGAAACUGGACUUAUUCAGGUGGCCACUAAAGAGGAGGAACUGAACGCAAUAAGAACAGAAAAUUCAUCUCUGACGAAAGAAGUUCAAGACUUAAAGGCUAAGCAAAAUGAUCAGGUUUCUUUUGCAUCUCUAGUUGAAGAACUUAAGAAAGUGAUCCAUGAGAAGGACGGAAAGAUCAAGUCUGUGGAAGAGCUUCUGGAAGCUGAACUUCUCAAAGUUGCUAAUAAGGAGAAAACUGUUCAGGAUUUGAAACAGGAAAUACAGGCUCUAAAAGAAGAAAUAGGAAAUAUCCAGCUUGAAAAGGCUCAACAGUUAUCUAUCACUUCUCAAGUUCAGGAGCUUCAAAACUUAUUAAAAGGAAAGGAGGAACAGAUAAAUACCAUGAAGGCUGUUUUAGAAGAGAAGGAGAGAGACCUAGCUAAUAGAGGGAAAUGGUUACAGGAUCUUCAAGAAGAAAAUGAAUCUUUAAAAGCUCAUGUUCAGGAGGUAGCACAGCAUAACUUGAAAGAGGCAUGUUCUGCAGCACGUUUUGAAGAACUUGAGAUUUUAUUAAGGUGGAAUAGAAAUAGUGUUCAAGAGGUACAGAAUGAAAACAAAUUGUUUAAAUACCAAAUUGAGCAGCUCAAGCAACAGAACUACCAAAAGGCAUCUUCUUUUCCCCCUCAUGAAGAAUUAUUAGAAGUAAUUUCAGAAAGAGAGAAGGAAAUAACUGGUCUUCGGAAUGAGUUAGAUUCUUUGAAGGAUGCUGUUGAACACCAAAGGAAGAAAAACAACGUAAGCAAAUAUUUGUCAGAAUGA